CUUAGUUAGAACUCGAUUUUCCAACCUUUGGGCUUCGGACAUUCCACCUGAUUUCCCGCCCAAAUCCCUGAAGGUUCUAUUACCUCAGAUUUACCUCAGGCUUGUUUGGCAUGGCCAUUUGGAACAGUCCACUUUUUUCCCACCUCGACAUCUAUAAAGGACUGACUCCUGUACAAAUGAGGCUGCUGUCCAUCUGAGCGGCAGCCUGUGCAUGGUACGGGUCUCAUCGUGGUUCCAACCAUAUCGACGAGAGUGACACCUAUCCCGAAGACACCAGAGAAGACCUUCAACACCUACCGUAUCCCGCUGUUCCAUCUCCAGAGGGCUUCUCUUCCACGGAGAUCACCAUUCAUCCGUUGGACUCCUCAGAGUUCCUCUUUGACGGCUUCUCACUAGCCCGAUAGUAGAGGUCCUGAGCAUCGCCAUCGGACACAACCCAGCACCUAGACUGAGAAAUGACUUGCUUGAAGAUUCCCCUAUGAACCAGUUAACAGCAGAUUAUCAGACAUAUUUAGGCUAGCACCAAUCAUAUCAGGUACAGAGAGAGCAUGAAACCAAAUCAAAAACCCGUGGAAGCGUGCAAUCGUCUGAUACCUGGAUACACAGGCUAUGUCCCCCAAAGAUUCUAUAGAAUUGGCACUACUUAUGGAGAUGAUUCAAUGGCAUGUAUGACCUUAUUCCACAAUGCUACUCAAAGAAGCAGAGACGCACAGAAUGGGCUGAGAUACAUAGCAGCCACUACUCCCAAACUUCCAUCUAUUUGCUCCCAUGAAGAUGUUUUACAAGCACUUUAUGACUAUAAUUCUAAACACCAUCCUUAUAUGCUACGUACUGUAAUAACUAAGAGAAGUUUACUAGAGCCCCCUAUUCCUGGUUGGACUGGGUUUGUGCCUAGAGCAAGAGUCACUGAACUGGGAUAUGGUGUUCCUUACCAUGAAAUGACAAAAAAUUGCUAUCAGGAUUUUAAGAACUUAAGAGAUCGGGUCUGCUACGAUCCCACCAGCAAUUUCCAGAGAGGCAAAAUGUAUUAAGUUAAAGUUAGCAAAGUUCCCAGCGCAUACCAAAGGUUCUACAGGGCUGAAGGGAUGCUGCCAAAAUAUAGUGGUCAUAUUCCAUAUGAACAUCUUGUCAUUGGGAAAACCUUUGGAAACCUGUGCAGAAGCAGCUCGGUAUGCACGCACAUGGAGGAGUCCUAUGGUGCACAUCUCACUAAGAAACGUAAUGCCACGUUGAAGCUCCCGAAGAACUUGAAAUUUAACAUGAAAAGUUGAAACGUGUGGUGAUUUGGACUUUGGUAAUU